CCCACAUUCCCCGACCCAAGACCGAGUCGACGACGCAAACCGCAGGAAGUGAUCUGGGGAGUUCAGCAGCAAUGAGUUCGGCCAGUAGACAAAGGCAGAACCAGUCCAAGCGUGAUGAGGCCAUUCGACGCAAGAUGGAGGCGGACCUCAGCAAGAAGAAGCAGAACCCAGCGCGAUCGAAGCGUAGCAGCAAGGCUCCUCCGGGCACUGUCUUGGCCCUGAAGCCCAGCCAGGCCCUCCAGAUCAAGCCCAACACCAGCAUUGCCGAGGCCGCUCAAUUGAUGGCAGCGAAGCGAGAAGACUGUGUGCUCGUUACAGAUGACGAUGACCGGAUUGCUGGUAUCUUCACGGCCAAGGAUCUGGCGUUUCGUGUUGUGGGUGCUGGCCUGAAGGCCCGGGAGAUCACUGUAGCGGAGAUCAUGACCAAGAAUCCGUUGUGUGCUCGCACCGACACCAGUGCCACGGAUGCCCUCGACCUCAUGGUGAGAAAGGGCUUUAGACACCUGCCUGUCAUGGAUGAGAACCAGGAUAUAUCGGGUGUUUUGGAUAUCACAAAGUGUUUCUACGACGCCAUGGAGAAGCUCGAGCGUGCCUACAGCUCGUCUCGCAAGCUGUAUGACGCGCUAGAAGGUGUGCAAACUGAGCUGGGGUCCUCGCAGCCCCAGCAGGUGAUCCAGUAUGUCGAAGCACUGCGAUCCAAGAUGUCAGGGCCUACAUUAGAAACUGUUUUGGAUGGCCUCCCGCCCACCACUGUCUCGGUUCGCACUUCCGUCAAGGAGGCCGCGGCGCUGAUGAAGGAACACCACACCACCGCUCUCCUGGUGCAGGACCAGGGAUCUAUAACCGGUAUCUUCACCAGCAAGGAUAUUGUCCUUCGUGUGAUUGCUCCUGGCCUUGAUCCCGCCACUUGCAGUGUCGUCCGGGUCAUGACCCCACACCCCGAUUUCGCUCCUACGGAUAUGAGCAUCCAGGCUGCUCUCCGCAAAAUGCAUGAUGGCCAUUACCUCAACCUGCCUGUCAUGAACGAAGCUGGCGAGAUUGUUGGAAUGGUUGAUGUGCUGAAGCUCACAUACGCAACCCUUGAGCAGAUCAAUUCUAUGCAGGGCCACGACGAUGAGGGCCCCGCCUGGAAUAAGUUCUGGCUGUCCAUGGAUCACGAGUCAGAUUCUAUGGUCUCUGGUAGCGCCGCCCAACCCCACACGCCUCAUCGCUCUGUUCUCAGCCCGGAUAUGUCCAAGCAUGAUUAUCAUGCCCGCGACAGUGUCCUCCCCAAUGACUCUGCCUCGCACCAAGGAGAUGAGCACUCUCUGAUGGUGGAGCAAGUUCCCGAGGAGCCCGCGACAUUCCCCUUCAAGUUCAAGGCCCCUAGCGGUCGUGUUCACCGUGUGAACGUCCUCCCUGCUUCUGGGGUUGUGGAACUUGUUGCGCUAGUGUCAGCCAAACUCGGUCCCGAAGUCGAGGCAGUCGGAGGUGUGCCCACUUGCGAAGAGGGUAGGCUCAGCAAUACUGGCUAUGCCCUGAGCUAUUUGGACAACGAGGGAGAUACUGUUUCCAUCACUACCGACCAAGAUCUCUUGGAUGCCAUUGCCCUCACCCGCAGGUCUCACCAGGACAAGGUGGACCUUUUUGUCCAUGACCCUUCCCAACCGCCGAUUCCCGCCACCCUCGAGCCGCAGCCCGUUCCUUCCAAGGCGGCCAUCCCGAGCGACGCCAAGAGCGUUACUAUUGUUCCGGAGGAUUCGAUGUCGGAAGAGCUGCCUCUAUCCAGCAAGCCCCGGCAACAGGCCUUCCCCCAGCCUCUCCCCGAGGAACAAUAUAUCUCCGGCGUGCCCAACGACCUCUUGCUGCCCGGUGCCAUCGUGACUUUGGCAGCAGUCAUUGCUGGCGUCUUCAUCCUGAGCCGCGCCACAAGCCGAUAAUCGCUCCGCAGACAGGCCCCCCUUUGCACAUUGCCAUGUGUAUUAAUCUCUUGAUUAUUCAAAAAAGAUAGAUUGUGUGUUUACAUCUG